AUGGAUGAACCCAGUCUUGCAAUUCGACCAGCUGUUUCACAACAAGAGUCACAGAAGGACGAUCUACAAGAGUCGCAGAAGGAAGAUCUACAGGAGCAGGAGCAACAGCAACCGAAAGCACCAUCAUUAAACCUCCUCGCUGAAAAUGCAAUUCUUCGACCUCAAAAUGACAUAGACAGCGAGCAAUCUCAGUCUGCUGCAAGUAGCAAACAGGAUUAUUACACAUCCGUCCAAUGGACUGCUGACGGGACAUCACUUCUUGUUUCUUCCGCCCUCAACUCAAUAUCCACCUUUGUCCUCCCUGAAGAUCUUCUCGAUCCAUCAGCCUCACGUCCGCGACAGUUGUCGUCUCAAUCCUCAAUAACCCUGCCCGAACCAUCCCAAACAGUCACCGCAGCACCAUUUUACUCUCUAGCUGAGCCAAGCACUCAAACUGUGCUUGUCGGAUGUCGCGAUCACCCUAUUCAAUUGUAUCAUCUUUUCCCACCCGAAUAUGAUGGCUUCGCGUCGCGCUCUGCCCCGCUUGCUUCAUAUAAGUUGAUACGUCGUGAGACGGAGGAGUAUAUCACGCCAUCAUCCCUUCUGUGGGAAGGCGACGGGUCGCAUUUUCUUGUUGGAUCGACAAAUCGUCUUGAUCACUUUGAUAUGACACGUCCAGGUUCAGAUGGACCAGUGACCACCAUACCCACCAUCCCUUCCAAACGACAUAUCUCAAAGGGCAGUGGUGUGGGUAUGAAGGGCACUGUCGCUGCACUAUCAUCUUCGCCUGUGGAUGGUAACGGAAACUCUGUUGUUGCAGCAGGGACAUGGACGCGGUGGAUGGGAUUGUAUGAUGUGCAUCGAUCAGACAAGGCUGUUGCUAACUGGCCUCUGCCGCGCCCAGAAGAUAUAGCAGGAGACAUUGGAGGCCAGGGUAUCAUUCAAGUCCGUUGGAGCCCAUGUGGCCGUUACCUCAUCAUCAGCGAACGUCAUGCCUCUGGUAUGAUCGUGUAUGACAUCCGUGGCACAAGCGAACUUCUCUGCACUCUUCGAGGACGAAGCGCACCUACGCAACAAAAGAUGACACUAGACGUGUUCGGCGGUGAUCCCUAUGCCGAGUUCCCAUCCUUUGAAGUCUGGGCCGGCAAUCACGACGGUGGUGUUGCAGUAUGGGAAGGCGUUGGCAGCCAAUUCGGCGUUGUAGACCCUUCGUGGAGUUGGAAGCCUCAUAAUCCACCAGUCGGAAGUACAGCCUUGCACUCUAGUGGUUCUGUCGUAGCGACAUGCUCGGGAGGAUGGGGCUUUGGAGACGCGGAUGAAGGUCAGACGGUGUUUGACGAAUCCAGUGUCAAGAUUUGGUCAAUAGGAGGUUAA